CCCUAGCGUCUUGUUACUUUCUAGCGAAAAAAAUUUAUUUCGCGCUCUUAUUGUUAUUACUCGUGGAUUUUUGCGCUAUCCAAGGUGCGAAUGGCCGACGAAGACGAUGAGGUGUCCCACAGGAUGGCGGCGGCGCCCGUCCGCAAGCCGGACGACGAGACGGCGUUCCUGGAGUUCAUCGAAAUGGAGAACUUCAAGUCCUACCGCGGCCACAUAGUCGUGGGUCCUCUCAAGCAAUUCAACGCGGUGAUCGGGCCCAACGGAUCAGGGAAGUCCAACUUCAUGGACGCCAUCAGUUUCGUGAUGGGCGAAAAGACCAGCAGUUUGCGAGUGAAGCGCCUGAACGACCUGAUUCACGGCUCCUCCAUAGGCAAGCCCAUUUCCCGCAGCUGCUAUGUGACGGCCAAGUUUGUGCUCAAUGAGGACCGCCACAUGGACUUCCAGCGGGCCGUCAUCGGCGGCUCCUCGGAGUACCGCAUCAACGGAGAGAGCGUUUCGAGCAGCACGUAUCUGAACAAGCUGGAGAAGAUUGGCAUCAAUGUCAAAGCCAAGAACUUUCUGGUCUUCCAGGGAGCUGUGGAGAACAUAGCCAUGAAGACGCCCAAGGAACGCACAGCUUUGUUUGAGGAAAUCAGCGGAUCUGGCCUGCUCAAGGAUGACUACAACCGCCUGAAGCAGGAAAUGAUCGUGGCCGAGGAGGAGACGCAGUUCACAUACCAAAAGAAAAAGGGCAUCGCGGCGGAACGCAAGGAGGCCAAGCACGAAAAGAUGGAAGCCGAUCGCUAUACCCGCCUGCAAAACGAAUAUAACGAGAAACAAGUUGAGUAUCAACUGUUUAGACUCUUCCACGUGGAGCGGGACAUCCGGAAGUUCACAGCCGAUUUGGAGGUAAGGCAGCAGGAUGUGAAGGCUGUCGAGCAGCGAAAAGAGGCCGCCGACGAAAUCCUGCGCGAAAAGAAGAAAGAUGCUGGAAAGAUAACUCGAGACCUGGCCAAAAUCGACCAGGAGAUACGCGAGUUUGAGACCCAGAUGAACAAACGGCGGCCACUGUACAUCAAGGCCAAGGAAAAGGUUACCCACUGCAAGAAGAAGCUCGCUUCGCUGCAAAAGACACUGGAGACGGCCCGCGAGGCGGACAAUGCUCACCAGUCGGACAUCCGGAAACUAGAGAAGCAACUCGCCGAUGUAGAAGCUCUGAAAAAGCGUUUCGAGGACGAGAUCGAGAACGAGUCACAGCGGCGGGGCAAGAGCGUCAACAUGGAGGAGGGCCUCGUGCAGGAGUACGAUCGCCUCAAGCAGGAGGCGGAAGCCACAGCCACCCAGUACCGUUCCGAGCUGGACUCAGUGAACCGCGAACAGAAGUCCGAACAGGACACGCUUGAUGGUGAAACCAAUCGACGCGCCUCUGUAGAGGAAUCCUUCAAGAAGCUCACCUUGCAACGCGAAGAAGCUGUAAAGCGUCGAGACAAACUGAUGGAUCACAUAAAAUCCUCACAGGCAGCUCUUGAAGAGCAGAAUCGGAUAAAGGACGAACUCCGCCGAGAUGUUGGCACCUCUAAGGAGAAGAUUGCCGAAAAGCAACGCGAGCUUGAGGACGUGCGUGACCAACUAGGCGAUGCCAAGAGCGAUAAGCACGAGGAUGCACGGCGAAAAAAGAAGCAGGAGGUGGUAGAGCUGUUUAAAAAGCAGGUUCCAGGCGUGUACGACCGCAUGAUCAAUAUGUGUCAGCCCACCCACAAGCGCUACAACGUGGCCGUGACUAAAGUGCUGGGCAAGUUCAUGGAAGCCAUUAUUGUGGACACCGAAAAGACAGCGCGACAUUGUAUUCAGAUCUUAAAGGAGCAAAUGCUGGAAGUGGAAACCUUCUUGCCCUUGGACUAUCUGCAAGUGAAGCCCUUGAAGGAACGCCUUCGCAACAUCAGCGAUCCGCGCAAUGUGCGCUUGGUCUUCGAUGUGCUCAAGUUCGAGCCGCUGGAGAUCGAACGUGCCGUCCUCUUCGCUACGGGAAAUGCUCUCGUCUGCGAGACUCCAGAGGACGCGAUGAAAGUGGCCUAUGAGAUUGACCGCUCCCGUUUCGAUGCUCUGGCCCUGGACGGAACAUUCUAUCAAAAAUCAGGUCUCAUAUCUGGCGGCAGUCACGAUUUGGCGCGCAAGGCCAAGCGUUGGGACGAGAAGCACAUGGCCCAGCUGAAAAUGCAGAAGGAACGUCUCCAAGAAGAGCUAAAGGAGCUGGUGAAAAAGUCGCGCAAGCAGAGUGAGCUCGCCACUGUGGAAUCGCAGAUCAAAGGUUUGGAGAAUAGGCUUAAAUAUAGCAUGGUCGACUUGGAGUCCUCCAAAAAGUCUAUUGGUCAGUAUGACAACCAGUUAAAGCAGGUGCAAACCCAGCUGGAUGAUUUCGGGCCCAAGAUCAACGAGAUCGAGCGUCGUAUGCAAAACCGCGAGGAGCACAUCCAGGAAAUCAAAGAAAACAUGAACAAUGUGGAGGACAAAGUAUACGCUUCCUUCUGCCGCCGCCUGGGCGUGAAGAACAUCCGUCAGUACGAGGAGCGGGAACUGGUCAUGCAGCAGGAGCGAGCGCGGAAGCGGGCUGAGUUCGAGCAGCAGAUAGAUUCCAUCAACUCGCAGCUGGACUUCGAGAAACAGAAGGACACGAAAAAGAACGUUGAGCGUUGGGAGCGCAGCGUGCAGGACGAGGAAGAUGCCCUGGAGGGACUCAAAACGGCCGAGGCACGCUACCUCAAGGAAAUCGACGAGGACAAGGAGAAAAUGGAAAAGUUCAAGCAGGAUAAGCAGGCGAAGAAGCAAGCCGUGGAUGACAUGGAGGAGGACAUUUCCAAAGCGCGGAAAGAUGUGGCGAACUUGGCCAAGGAGAUCCAUAACGUGGGCAGCCAUUUAUCUUCGGUAGAGUCGAAGAUCGAGGCCAAGAAAAACGAACGACAGAACAUACUGUUGCAAGCGAAAACCGAUUGCAUAGUGGUGCCAUUGUUGCGCGGCUCGCUGGACGAUGCAGUGCGGCAAAGCGAUGCGGAUGUCGCAUCCACUUCUGCAGCAGCAGCAAUGGAAAAUCUCAUCGAGGUCGAUUAUGGAUCGCUACCACGAGAGUACACCAAGCUGAAGGAUGACUCUGGCUUCAAAAAGACCCACGAGUUGCUUCAAAAGGACCUGCAAAGUAAAUUGGACGUCCUGGAGCGCAUACAGACGCCAAACAUGAGGGCCAUGCAGAAGCUGGAUGCCGUAACGGAAAAAGUGCAAUCCACCAACGAGGAGUUCGAGAAUGCGCGUAAAAAGGCUAAGAAGGCCAAGGCGGCAUUCGAGCGGGUCAAAAACGAGCGCUCCUCUCGCUUCGUUGCUUGCUGUCAGCACAUCUCGGAUGCCAUCGAUGGCAUAUACAAGAAACUGGCUCGCAACGAGGCAGCCCAGGCCUACAUUGGACCCGAUAAUCCCGAGGAACCAUAUCUGGAUGGCAUCAACUACAAUUGUGUGGCGCCCGGCAAACGAUUCCAGCCCAUGAACAACUUGAGUGGUGGCGAGAAAACCAUCGCCGCCUUGGCUCUGCUCUUCUCCACCCACAGUUAUCAACCAGCGCCGUUCUUUGUGCUCGACGAGAUUGAUGCCGCCUUGGACAACACGAACAUUGGCAAAGUCGCUUCGUACAUUAGGGAUCACACCACCAAUCUGCAGACCAUCGUCAUCUCCUUAAAGGAAGAGUUCUACGGCCAUGCUGAUGCCCUUGUGGGCAUUACACCUGGGGAAGGAGACUGCCUCGUAUCAAAUGUUUAUAUAAUGGACUUGACAGAGUUCGAGGACACGUAAAUAUCAUAUUUCGGAAUAGUUUUAAGUACUCGUAAAGUAAAGCUCGCAAUUUCCAAUUAAUAAAGCCAGUAAAUGUGUAA